AUGGAACGAUUCGGUUUCUCUACUCACUUCAUCAAUUUGGUGAUGUGUUGUGUGACAACAGUAUCCUAUUCCAUUCUUCUCAAUGGGAAGCCCUUGAAACGCUUCAAGCCGGAACGGGGCAUUCGACAAGGAGAUCCCAUGUCCCCGUAUCUAUUCCUUCUUUGCAAUGAAGUACUCUCUCGGCUCCUCUCUUUAGAACAAGACAGAGGUAGGCUACAUGGUAUCAAGGUGGCUCGCAAUGUUCCAGCUUUAUCUCAUCUUAUGUUUGCGGACGAUACCAUUAUAUUUUCCCGAGCUAAUCUCCGGGAUAUAGAGACUUUGAAUGAUUGCAUUCAACAAUUUGAAGAGUGGUCUGGGCAGAAGUGUAGCAAACAGAAAUCUGGAAUUCUUUUCUCGGGCAAUUGUUCAAAUUCGCUCAAGGAAGCCAUUGAGAACAAGCUGGAUAUGAGUGUGAUAUCAGACUCGGAGAAGCACCUGGGUAAUCCCUUUAUCUUUGGCCGAAGCAAAAGGAAGGAUUUUCACUUUCUUAAAUCUAAACUGGUGGAGAGACUCGAAGGUUGGAAACUCAAGUCCUUGUCUAAGGCCGGUAGAUUGGUAUACAUAAAUUCAGUAGCUUUGGCCCUUCCCAACUAUGCCAUGUCCACAUUCAAAAUUCCCCUCUCCUCCUGCCGUGAAUUGGAUGCUAUAGUUAGAAAAUUUUGGUGGAAUGGCUCUCUUGACAAUCAGUAUAUGUGGGCUGCGAAGUCGUGGAAUUCUAUUUGUCAACCCAAAAUGUUGGGGGGACUCGGGUUUCGGCGUUUCGAAGAUAUUAACCAUGCCUUACUAGCCAAACUUGCCUGGAUGUUGGCUUGUGGGAUCAAUCGGCCUUGGUGUGAUAUUAUGAAAGGAAAAUACUUUCCGCGUGAAUCCUUUUGGAGUGUCCAAGAAAAGCCCACUGACAGUUUUUUAUGGCGUGGUAUCCUUAGAGCUAGAAAUACAAUAGCCAAGGGGGCGUGUUCUGUUCUUGCUACGGGCGAAGAUGUGGAUGUUUGGUGGCAGCCAUGGAUUCCAUGGUUGGACUAUGUUCAAUUCCGAGAAUUGAUGGAAAGCAUUCGGUCAAAGGCUCCUAGUAUGCAAUCGGUAGCGGAUUUGAUGUAUAGAAGUACCAGGAAGUGGAAUUUGGGCUAUCUCCGGUAUCUGUUUGGCAGUGAUAUGGGCACCAAGAUCGGGGGAAUACAAAUCAAUGUGAAUGCUUCCACAGAUACUCUUAUUUGGAAGAAUUCAUUGGUGGGAAAGUUCAGUGUAAAGGGUGCCUAUUGGGUUGAACAACAAGAGCGGUUUGGUGAAAAAGAAGACUUGUGGAGAUGGAUUUGGAACUCUAAGAUACACCCUAGGUUGAGUUUGCUUCUAUGGAGAGUUUGUUCGAAUGUUUUGCCUACUGGGGACAAAUUUCCGUCUGUGGAGGUAAAUUUCUGCCCUUUAUGCCAUACUGCCCCUGAGUCAUCUUUGCAUCUCUUUACCAAAUGUAGUAUUGCCCUGGCUUUAUGGUUUUCUAGCCCCUGGCCUAUCAGAAUCGAUAGGGUGAUGGGUACUAAUAUGAAGGAAGUUAUGCGUAACCUCUGUAGUUCGAUUGAUCACACUAAUCGUCCCAAUUUCAUCAACUGUAUUGGAGUGAUUCUGGAUUGCAUUUGGAAUACUAGGAACAAAGUGUUCCACACUGAGAAUUAUGUGCCGAAUGUGAACUUGCUAAGAGGGGAAAUCUCCAGCAGGUUGGCUGAGAUUCAACUGAUUGUUGGGGAGAAUGAUAGUCGGUCUACCUACACCGAAAGGGAGUCCCAGUCGAGAAUCACAACCACCAAGACUGUUAUGGUGGAUGGUUCCUUCAAGGAAGGAAAGUACGGUUGUGCUAUGGUGGCCAUGGAUAUGUCUUCUAUGGAGUGGUGGCACGGUAUCUCUUCUGGUGUGGGGGAUUCCGCUCUAGAGGCUGAGAUGCAGGCUGUUCUUUUGAGUUUGCAAUGGGCCGAGAUGCAACAAUGGGAUAAUCUCACCAUUAUUUCUGAUUCGAAGGUGCUGGUGGAGGCCAUCCGAUCAAAGAACACCCCGGAUUGGAAAUGUUCUGCUCUUUUUUCUUUAAUUUUAGGAAAACUUUCUGUUUUUUCUGCUUGUUUUGUUGUUUUUGUUAGAAGAGAACAUUUUACUGUAGUAGAUGACUUAGCCAAGUCGGCUAGAGUUUGUUUGGCUGAUUGCCAGUUUUCAACUGGGGAGGGAUUUCCCCCUGUGAAUCCCAGCUCUCUAGUUUUUUCAAUUUAA